GUGACAUAAAAUGAUUUGUAUUACUUUAUUCAUAAUCGACCUUAGCUAAUAAAGGAUCAACUGAAUUUUAGUAAAAUGUGAUACAGUUAUGCGCAGUUCAUCGAAAGUUUCUAGAAUCUGAUUGUCGACUUUCCAGUCCGCCGCUCUUCCUUGUGCGGUGGAGGCGCGCGUAGGUGACAAUAAAGAUUACAGUGAAAUUAAACACUUUUUUUUUCAAAUUUUAACAUUUUCUAUGUUACAACAAUCAACAUGUGGAAAUUUGUGAGUCGUGGUAUUCGUGAAACGUUGGAGCGUCGUGCAUGUCGUACAAAUGUUUAUUCGCAAACGUCCCAGGAACCCAACACGAAAAAUGAGGUUAAAGCUAGUUUGACAUGUAAUCACAAGUUCCUUGCACCAAGCUUUUCAGCUUUUAGUAAAGAAUUCUGCGGAUCUUCAAAAACUGGCGGAACCAAAGAUAAAGAUUACGAUUCCAACUACACAAAACACAACUGGACGGAAGCCAUAGGAUGGUCCAGUAUAUUGGCUGUUGGAUGGGUGGUUUGCCAGUCAUUAUGUCUUCGAAGAAGACUAUUUGAAAAUGAGAAACCUGAUCUUCUAAAGAAUAAACUAUCUCAACUUCCCGAAGCACGUAUAUCUUACUUGUUUGGCCAAGUAUUAAAUUUUAAGCCUACAAAUAUUUUGCCAGUAAUUAACUGUGUUGGCAACAGUAAAAUAUAUGCACAAGAAAACAGUGAUCCAAACUGGAAAGCUGAUAAACCAUUUGGGCCUAUCACCAUUGAAGAGGCCCUAAAAGAAGCUACAGACGAAUUUGCUAAUACUCACAAAUUAACUAUGGCAGAAUUUGAGCUUCAGUAUGGUCUGAAAGCUUUAGAAGAAAGACGUUAUAAGGAUGCCAUAAAACACUUUACCAGUGGUGCAAGUCUAUCAUCUUCUGCUAGUAUGUUUAAUUUAGGUUUAUGUUAUGAAUUAGGCCUUGGAACAUUGGUUGAUCACGCAAAGGCUGCAAAAUGUUACAAUGAUGCAGCAGAGCAAGGUCAUGCAGAUGCUACAUAUAAUUUAGGAGUUUUUUAUGCUCAAGGAAAAGGUGGUUUUUCAGUAGAUAUUGAUAGGGCUCGCAGUUAUUUCAUUAAAGCUGCAAAAUUAGGACAAACACAAGCUCAAUAUGCAUUAGAUUUAGAGAAACGUUAUUAUCAAUCAAAGGAACAUGAAAAUGAUACAUUGGUUCCAAAAAGAUGUGAAAAUACUGUAAAGUAUUUGCAAAACAAGAAUGUAAAUAAUAUUCUUAAAAAAUUGAGUAAUUAUAGUAAUGCGUUUAGUACACAGUCUGAAGAAAUAUUUUUAAAAAAUUCUGGUCAUGAACAGGCUGUAGUAGGAUCUAGGAACUCAACUGAAUUAUUUUUAGAUAUGCUUGGGUUGAAAGAGCCAGAUAUUUUGGCUGUUCCAGCAGAGUAAAAUAAUUGUAGAGUGCCAUAUUAAGAAGUAGUACAAUCGUUGAAAGUGAAAAUACGAUUUUUGUUAUAUAUGUAUAAAAAUCUCUGUAAAAUGGAUUUUUUUAUAAGGCUUGUGUCAAUUAUAUUAUUAUGA